UCUGGAUGAUAGCGCUGCUAAUCGACGUGCCAGAAGCAAUUUACCUCCAGACCCGAGCCUUCAAGUAUGAGAGUCCCAACGUGGAUACCGUCUUCUUAACUCAGUGCGCCCCAGCGUGGCCAGCAGCAGUGGACUUGUCCAUCACGGUGGCCAAGUUCGUGCUGCUGUUCGUGGUGCCGCUGUCCUUCAUGGCCGCCGCCUACGUCCAGAUUGUGUCCAUCCUCUGGCACCGACAGCUCCCAGGGCCACCCCCUGUCACCCAUCAUACCCCGACCAUCGAAGUGCCCCCUCAGCAGUAG